AUGUGUCCUCCUCCUUCCCACCACGGCCUUGAUCCGGUGGCGUCGUACUCUCAUCGCCGCCCCGGCGAGGUCCACGUCAUCGUAGGACCCAUGUUCGCCGGCAAAACCACCGCCCUCCUCCGCCGUGUUAUGUCCGAAGCUGAUUCCGGCAGAAGUGUAGCGAUGGUAAAAUCGAGCAAAGACAAUCGAUACGCAGAGGAUGAAGUGGUAACGCAUGACGGCACGAGGUUGCCUUGCUGGGCAUUGCCAGAUCUCUUAUCCUUUAAGACCAAAUUUGGUCCCGACGCCUAUCACAAAUUGGAUGUGAUUGGUAUCGACGAGGCUCAAUUUUUCGCUGACCUCUAUGAUUUCUGCUGUGAGGCGGCUGAUGUUGAUGGCAAAACUGUUGUGGUAGCUGGCCUUGACGGCGAUUACUUAAGGAGGAGUUUUGGGUCGGUGCUGGACGUGAUCCCACUUGCAGAUAGUGUGACCAAAUUAACGGCUUGGUGUGAGGUAUGCGGCGAGCGCGCAUUCUUCACAUUAAGGAAGACGAACGAGAUGCAAACGGAGCUCGUUGGUGGGGCCGACCUUUACAUGCCCGUUUGCCGCCAGCACUACACCAUCGGGCAAGCUCCCAUCUAUUCUUCUUCAGACUGA